CUGACAAAGACGUCAGCUGUCAGCGGCCCUUACAAACCCAACAAGACGUAGUCUGGUUUGUGUCAUAUUUGUGACUGCCUCACCCGUGGGGGUUUAACGCUCGUGAUAUAUACGUGUCGCAUAUCAUUGAAGGCGCAGCGGUGCUCGUCAGGGGCUCUUGAUUCCAGGAACUGGAGAUAUUCCUUAUAUUUGACUGAAGGGGCUUUAUAACAACUGGCUGUAGAAGAACUUUAUAACAGCUGACAAUAGUGGAGCUUUGUAAGAAGUCCUGUAUGAUGGAGAGUGAGCGAGUGCAGUGUAGGAAGUGCCGCAAGCUACUUCUUUCUAAGGAUGAAUUCUGCCUUCUUGAUGCUCAUAGCCAAGAAUAUCAUGAUACAAUGGGAAAUAUGAAUGGACAGUCUUCAGGUGAUUGUGCAUCAGUGAUGGAACAUAGCUGCCUUUAUUUAUCUGAGGAAUCUUUCCCAGAUUUCAUCCUUAAAGCUGUAAAUGAAGUGGACUGGAGGAAAAUAGGUGAAGCCUUGCCGAAUCCUGUGUCAUUUCCUGAUCGUGCUGUUGUUCUAUCUUCUAUCACAUUACCCUUGGAUGCUAACACAUCCACACGUACUCAACAAGGUGCAGCUGGUUCUGAAGCUGCUGCAAGCAAUGUUUCUGGAGAGAAUAACAGCAAAAAAUGCUCUCCAGCAGAGCUAACUGCCUUGGAAUCCAUUUUAAGUGAUUUAGCAGUAACUGAUAAAUCCUUGAAGCCGAGGAGCGAGUCUUGUAAAAGAGUGGGUACAGGAAAAUUUGAAGAGCCAUUAAGACAUAAACAUUUGCCCAAAGAAGUUGGAGUAAGACAGUUGAGUGAAACUGUUAUGGUCUCUAAUGCAGAUUUACCUGUGUCAUCACACUUCGAGGUCUUGGCAGAGCAAGAGCUAACUGAGGUAUAUGGUAGUUCAUUUUAAUUGACUGUACUGUAAUCAACUGUAUAUGCUGUAACCACAUUAUAUACUCACUGGCAAAGUAAAAAAAAUUGUGGAUAAGUUUUAAAAAACUCCUAACAACCUUAUUUCUUUAGAUUUUUAUAAUGCAUCCUGAUGAGCAUUACUCUCCAGACACCAGUAGAAUUUAGGGAAUAAAUCAUAAAGGCCUUGCCUAUCCAAAAUAUACUUUUCAUGCAUGUUUUGCUUUUAAUACAUUAGACUUCACCUGUAAUUUUAAUUGACAGUGCAAACACUGUACUUACCACUUCCAGGACUCAAGUCUGGCUAACCAGUUUUACUGAAUUCCUUUAAAAAUAUUUCCCUGCUCACACUUCAAAAGCAUAUCAGGCCCAUAUAAACUCACUCUGAUCUAAAAUAGUCAAGCAAGUUGGCAUGAUGCUCAAAUGCCUAGCACUCAAACCUCCUUUAUCUCCUAAAUCCAUUCCUUCUUGACUCCAGUCUUUCCUUCCUUCAACCAUCAAUUUAUACACCCUUUUGGUCAUCCUGUUUGUUUCGUCCUCUCUGCAUGCUUAGACCACCUCAACAAUCAUUCCUUAGUACUCUGAAUUGCACCUUUGGUAACCCCAUACCAUCUAAUUUUUAUGUUCCGAAUUCUCUGCACAACACUCACAACACUUCAUUUCCUCAAACUUGAAAGCUCCAUUGCCUCCAGCCUCAUCCACAUCCACCUCACUCCAACAUUUCAGGCCCAUGCCUCAUUCCCAUAUAACAGUGUUGGUACCAUUAUUUCUCUUUCUUUGUGCCUCCAUAGGUAGUUCUUUGUCUCUGCAGAUGCCUUGAUACAUCACCCACCUUUUUUUUCCCCUUAUCUAUUCUGUGGCUCACCUCAUCUUCCAUAGACCCAUCUGGCAACAAGUUCACUCCUAAAUAUCUGAAUACAGCAUUUACUUCCUCUAUACUUGCUCCAAUCUAAUAUCCAGUCUUUCAUUGCCUAUAUA